ACACACACACUUCUUAGGAAAUGCAAUCCCUUUACUGCAAAGGGCAGUGAGUGUGACUCCACCCCCGGUCAAGAUGAUAUAAAGAUGAAGUGAUUUGCUUUCAAUUUGAACACUUCCCUUCUCUUCUGCUUGCAGACCGGCUGGUGUGAAAUAUUCAAAACUAAUCAUGAGCAGAAACUUCUUGUCCAAAAAUGAUGAACUCCGCAGGGGAGACUACCUGGUGUCCAACAACAAGCAGUUCAAAGCUAUAUUUCAGGAUGAUGGUAACUUUGUCAUCUAUGGCUGGAAGCCUUUGUGGGCUUCGGACACCUAUGGAUCAGACGCUGUCCGUCUGAUCAUGCAGGCUGACUGCAACCUAGUCCUGUACAACAAAUCUAACACACCUAGGUGGAGCACAAACUCUUGCGGACCUCUCGCCAAACUGUGCCGUCUUCAACUGACCGAUGACGGCAAACUGGUGGUGAACAGAGAGUGCGAAGAAAUCUGGAGCUCUUAAAAGUCCAAAGGCAUGAAGUGAUGCUUGUGUGCGACCAUCCUUUGGCAUAAACCUUCAGCGAUGUUAUUUAAGCAACAUAUACCAGCGCAUAAACAAGCCUUUCCUUUUUCUUUCUGGUUAGCUUUGAGCAGACUCUGAAUUUCUGCUCUGAAUGCGCAUGUUCACUGCUGUAAAACACAAAGGAUUGUAACCAAGUGGCAAAAAGAUAAAGAAAUAAAAUGAAAGGUAUUUGACCAA